UGGAUCCCCGCCCACCCGCCGGUCACGUGAGGCGUCAAGAUGGCGGCGCUCAAGCCCGUGGCCGGGGCUAAAGCGGACGACGCAGGUAUGGUUCCGGUGAGAGACGGCGGGCCCGAGGACACCAAGAUAGCAGUAUACCCACCUGGUCAUCCAACUCCUUCCUUAAGAGAUGCAAAACUUAGAAGACCAACAGUCAUGGAUAUCAUAGAAAAAAAAAUUGAAUCACUUAGAAAAGAAAAGGCCUUAAAUAUAAAUGGAACAAUCCUGCUUGGAACAACAGCUAGCAUCUCUGGAAUAUCAGCAAACUUGGUCUUCAGAAGCUGCUUGAAAGUCAAUUAUGAUACUUUGAAGACAUAUUCAUCAUUGGCUACGUUUCCAUUUUUAUCUUCAGUAGUUACUUACAAGUUCCUUGUAACUGAUGCUUUGUGUUCAGGUAACAUAAGCAAGGAAAAUUGCGUCCUGAGAAGUUUGCUGGUUAGUAUAGUAUGUGGUAUAUUACAUCCCAGUGCUUUGGCUUUUUCUAAAAAUGGACGACUGGCAGUCAAGUACCAUACUGUUCCACUGCCACCAAAAGGAAGAGUUUUACUUCACUGGGUGCUUCUUUGUCAAACAGAAAUUAAACUAAUGGUAAUUCCUCUGAUCUUUCAGACAUGUUUUGGACUAGUUAAUGGUCUACGACAUUAUACAAUAUAUGAAAGCACACUUAAAAACUAUAUGUAAAGAUUAACCAAACAAUGGAUGGAGGCUAACUCAGUAGACUGAUUUUUUUUUUCAUGAUGAAGACAUAGCCAUUGCUGAAAAAAUGAAAAGUAAUUCCUGUUUCUGUUCUGUUUGUAUGGUAUAUGUCAGAUACUUGAUAAAUACAUAAUAAUUGAAUAAAUGUUAUUAUAAAACA